AUGGAGUGUAAGUGGAAUAGUUGUGGUGAAACAUUUUGCGAUCAAAAGGAGUUUGCUAUGCAUGUUAAUAGUCAUGUUCAAGAUUCGAAUACUAAGACUUGUCAAUGGAAAGAUUGCACGCGAAUGGUUGAAAAGAAGAUCAGUCGUUGCACUUUAUUGACACACAUUCGUAUUCAUACUCGUGAAAAGCCAUUCAAAUGCAACUUGUGCAACAAGGAGUACAGUCGGUCGGAUGCAUUGAGUAAACAUACUAAGACGCACGAACAGUUAGCAGCUACUGAGAGUGUUUAUAUAAAGAAGAUGUCUUAUCUACUGCAGCUACAGCAGGAGAGAGAGGUUGAGUUGCAAGAUAUGCAGCAGCAGUACAAACGAUUGAUUGUGGAGAAUGAUAUUCUUUUGCGAUAUAUCUGUGAUAGUUUGUGUAGGCAAUAA